GAUUGAAAUCUUCAUAUCUAGGUACUUGAAAGUCGAAUUAUCACUACCUUGUGACAGAUCUAAUUACUAGCAAUCGGCCGUUCGUACGACAAAGUGGAUCCCACCUGAUAGUUAUUUUAAGUCGAGUUACUAUCAAAAAUUAAAAAUCAACUUAACCAUGUCCGACACCAGCGAAGACGCACCCAUUUAUGGUCCAUUUUUUGGAGUUAUGGGUGCAUCCGCCGCUAUCAUCUUCAGCUCUCUAGGUGCAGCUUAUGGAACGGCCAAAUCAGGCACCGGUAUUUCCGCGAUGGCAGUAAUGAGACCUGAGUUAAUCAUGAGGUGUAUUAUUCCGGUGGUCAUGGCGGGUAUUAUUGCCAUUUACGGUCUUGUGGUGGCGAUUCUAAUCGUUGGAAAUAUCACCACACCAGCGACGGGUUACACUUUAUAUAAGGGAUUUUUGCAUUUAGGAGCAGGACUAGCUGUCGGAUUUUCAGGAUUGGCUGCAGGAUUUGCAAUUGGAAUUGUGGGCGACGCGGGAGUUCGAGGGACCGCUCAACAACCCAGACUAUUCGUCGGGAUGAUUCUUAUUCUGAUUUUCGCAGAAGUAUUGGGUCUCUAUGGUCUGAUCGUUGCCAUCUUUCUUUACGCAAAGAAUUAGAUUUUUUUGUAACAUUUUCUGUAUGUUUUAUCUGUUCUUCCAAUUUCGCGUUAGUUUAACGAAACAUUUUAUAAAGGAUAUUUAAUACACAAUUUUUUUAGACAUAUGUAUAUGUAAGGAAUAAAGUGUAUUAAAGUGGUUUCUA